GAGUAUGAGGCUGACGGCCCUGACGCUGGGCGUGAGGAGGCUGGGACUGGGGGGGGGCGGUGAGGAAAAGGAAUGCUAGCCCCGCCCUCAGUCCCUACCCUUUGGAGGACAGCACUUUUCACACAGCGCGUUUGCCGCCGCCGCGGCCGCCACCUGAACUUUCUUCAUAUUCUGAGUCUCCCUGCCACGAGGAGUCCAGGGAAAAAAAGCGGAGCCGAGGCGCCAGUAUCUACACCUCCCACGCCACUUUCAGCCCAAGCUCGCCCCAGCAGGGAUGGGAGACAAGAUCUGGCUGCCCUUCCCUGUGCUCCUCCUGGCCACUCUGACCCCAGAGCUGCUGCCGGGGGCGGCCGGCUUCACUCCCUCUUUGGACAGCGACUUCACCUUCACCCUUCCCGCCGGGCAGAAAGAGUGUUUCUACCAGCCCAUGCCCCUGAAGGCCUCGCUGGAGAUCGAGUAUCAAGUUUUAGAUGGAGCUGGAUUAGAUAUUGAUUUCUACCUUGCCUCUCCAGAAGGCAAAACCUUAGUUUUUGAACAAAGAAAAUCAGAUGGAGUUCACACGGUUGAGACUGAAGUUGGUGACUACAUGUUCUGCUUUGACAAUACAUUCAGCACUAUUUCUGAGAAAGUAAUUUUCUUUGAAUUAAUCCUGGAUAAUAUGGGAGAACAGGCACAAGAACAAGAAGACUGGAAGAAAUAUAUUACUGGCACAGAUAUGUUGGAGAUGAAACUAGAAGACAUUCUGGAAUCCAUCAACAGCAUCAAGUCCAGACUAAGCAAAAGUGGUCAUAUACAAACUCUGCUUAGAGCAUUUGAAGCUCGUGAUCGAAACAUA